AUGUCCCUCCAGUCUUCACAACUCAAAGUGGAAUAUGUUCCAUUGAGUCAAAUAAGAAGACCUAUUCCUCCGGUUUUAGACUAUCAGAAGAUAGACGCUAUGGUCUCGACAUUGAAGGGACAACCUCAAGCAUCAGCAACAUGUGCCUUAGGUGAGAUUGAAUCAGGAGAGCUACCACCAAUAGACGUAUUUAAAGUGAAGGAAUCUGGAAAGGUUUAUUACUUCGCAUUUGGAGGUUGCCACAGAUUUCAAGCUUAUGAUAAAUUGAGAUCUGAGAGUGACAAAGAUAUAAUGGUGAAAAGUAGAAUAUUACCCGCUACAAGGAAGACCCUAAAGAUUUACUUAGGAGCAUCUGUGGAUGAAAUGUUUGAGGAUAUAGAUCAAGAAAAGAAUAAUUGA